GUUGAACUGACUGUUGAUUAAGUGCUGACACUAGAAAUUCGUUACGUUUUAAGUUUUUAACUUUUCUUCCUUCUUCAAAGAAAGGACAGUCACGAACAUGAUUUUCGUACCGAGCCAGUCUCUCUCAAAGCUGGUUUGUGUCCAUUGCAAGAACCAUCUCUCCUAUUUUCCAAUCUACUUCCAUCGAGAAAAGGGUUCGUUCUGCGGAAGAUGCCCGAUACCUGACGAUUCAGACACUGUACGUAACGAGGUCUACGAAUCCAUCGCUCAAUCUCAAAAAUUCCCCUGCCGCUACAAUUCCGACGGUUGCACAGAACAUUUGAUACCAGAAAAGAUACCCCAACACGAAAAAUGUUGCCCCUACGCAAAAUGCCAAUGCCCCGCACUCGUAUCUGAAACAUGCAAGUGGGAAGGAUUUACCAAAGACUUGCACGACCACUACGAAGAUAAACACCCAACGUUUCUCUUGCGUGAUGGCCAGUUUGAGGUGGAUUUCGUAAAUAGUCACGAGGAAAAUUGUCUCCUGCCUUAUGGAGAAGAUUUUUUUAUAGUAAACAGAAGCAGUGAUCCCAAAUCGAACAUAUUUUCCUGUACCGUCAAUUACUAUGGUACUAAUUGCAACGCUAACACCUACACGUACAAGAUGAUUUUGGAGAAUGAGAGAAGGUCUCGGACUCACGUAAUCAAGAAAAAAUUAAAUACUAGAGCAGACGUCAAUAUGGAAGGUCUUAGAAAUAUUUUGGAUAACCCUUCCUCUGUUGUUGCCACCAUAAUUUUGGAAUGUCCAACACCUGGCAACGUAACUGAAGAAGACAAUGAAACUAGUGCUAUAAAUUAUGAACUUCUGAAGGAACUAGAAUGCACCGUAUGUCUGGAAUACAUGUUGCCGCCCAUCCAUCAGUGUCUGACUGGCCAUAGUCUGUGUUUGAAAUGCAAGAACAGCGUUAAAAAUUGUCCAACUUGCCAGCAGGAGUUCAAGGACACUCAGAACUUCACUCUUGCUAAAGUUAUAAACCACAUAACGUACCCUUGCAAAAAUAGACGAUGCAGGUUCACGGCAAAAGCCAGGGACAUAAAAAAGCACGAGGCUUCUUGCAUUUUUAGCACUGUGAAAUGCCCUUUGCAAGAUUAUGAAGACUGCCACGCGGACAUCAUUUUCCAAGAAAUGUACGAUCACGUGGUGUCCAGCCAUUCUGAAAACCUUCUGGAAAUGGAAACAGUUAACAUACCCUUCGAAGAGGGCGCAGAUCAGGACGAUGAGGACUGCUACAUCAUCAGAUACGCCUUUCGAUUAUUUAAGCUGCAUUAUAAGUACCAGCACGGCGAGUUUUGUUGGGCCAUGCAGCUGAUUGGGUCUCCAGAAGACAGCGCAAAGUAUAUGUUCGACAUAGACGUUUUAGAUAAUUCAGGUAAUAACCGAAGGGCCUACUUCAGGUCAGUCUGUAGUCCUUUGAGUGAUGGCAGUACUGCCUUCGACGAUAACAAAUCCUUCAUAUACAUCGAUUAUGACCAGAUUAGGUUUAUGAUCACAACAGACUUCACGUAUAGAGUACGUGUUAUGCAAGGAUGAUCGCAUUGUCUGUCAUCAAGUACAGGGUAUAGCAAAAGUACCGGAAUGACAGAAUAAC